AUGUCUACGAAUCAAACGAGUAAGACUGCUGAUCUCCAGCGCGAUACUAUCGAGCUGGACGAUAAACAGCACAUGACAACCGAUUAUGGAAUUAAGAUAUCUGACCCGGAUCACUGGCUGCGUGUCGUCGAUGAGAAGCAUAAUGGCCCUUCGCUCCUCGAGGAUCAAAUCGCCAGAGAGAAGAUUAUGCGAUUCGACCAUGAGCGAAUCCCCGAGCGAGUCGUCCAUGCGCGCGGCGUCGGUGCCUUCGGCACGUUCAGACUUCACAAGAGCAUCAGCCACUUGACCACCGCUGGUGUCUUGACUGAUACCUCUCGAGAGACACCCUUGUUCCUGCGCUUCUCCACGGUGCAGGGCAGCAAGGGAAGCGCGGAUACUGUGCGAGACGUGCGUGGGUUUGCGGUCAAGAUGUAUACAUCCGAGGGUAACUGGGAUAUUGUGGGAAACAACAUUCCCGUCUUCUUCAUCCAGGAUGCGAUCAAGUUCCCGGAUGUGAUCCAUGCCGUCAAGCCGGAGCCUCAUAACGAGAUCCCCCAGGGACAGAGUGCGCAUAACAACUUUUGGGACUUUAUGUACAUGCACUCUGAGACAACUCAUAUGCAGCAAUGGGUCAUGUCGGACCGCGCGAUCCCUAGGUCCCUUCGCAUGAUGCAAGGUUUCGGUGUUAACACCUACUCCUUGAUCAAUGCUGAGGGCAAGCGGCACUUUGUAAAGUUCCAUUUCCUUCCCGAACUUGGUGUGCACUCUCUUGUGUGGGAUGAAGCCCUCAAGAUCUGCGGACAAGAUCCCGACUUCCACCGCAAGGAUCUGAUGGACGCGAUUGAUGCCGGCCACUUCCCCAAGUGGAAGUUUGGUAUCCAGGUGAUUCCUGAAGGGAAGCAGGAUGAUUUCGAGUUUGAUAUUCUCGACGCCACCAAGAUCUGGCCCGAGGAGCUGGUCCCGAUAGAAUAUAUCGGUGAAAUGGAACUCAACCGCAACAUCGACGAGUUCUUCACUCAGACAGAGCAGGUCGCCUUCUGCACCAGUCACAUCGUGCCUGGUAUUGACUUUUCAGACGACCCUCUCCUUCAGGGCCGAAACUUUUCCUACUUUGAUACACAGAUUUCCCGUUUGGGACCCAACUGGCAGGAGCUUCCCAUCAACCGUCCUGUAUGCCCCUACGCAAGCCUAGUCAACCGCGAUGGUGCUAUGAAACACCGCAUUACCAAGGGCAAGGUCAACUAUUGGCCCAACCGAUACGGAACCAACCCCCCUGCCUCUCCCGCCCAGGGCGGCUUCACCAGCUACCCCGAGAAGCAGCAGGGUUCAAAGGGUCGCCAUUUCUCGGACAAGUUCAAGGAGCACUUCAACCAAGCGCAGCUCUUCUACAACUCCCUCUCCCCCAUUGAGAAGAUGCACGUCGCCAAGGCGUUCUCGUUCGAGCUUGAUCACUGCGACGAGGAAAUUGUAUACAAGCGUCUGUCGGAACGUCUUGCCGUCGUCGACCUCGAGCUGGCUCAAAAAGUAGCCAAGAACGUUGGUGGUGACUCUCCUGAAAAGGCGCCCAAGGAGAAUAAGGGUCAGAAGUCCAAGGGUCUCAGUCAGCUCGAGUUCAUGCCCGAGAGCGCCGUCAUCACCACCCGGCGUAUCGCUAUUCUCAUCGCUGAUGGCUUCGACUAUGCCUCGUACAAGUCAAUGAAGGAUGCCCUCCAGAAGCAAAACGCCUUCAUCUUUACCAUUGGCCCUCAGCGACAAGGUGUUACCGCCGAGACGGGCGAAAAGGUCAUCCCCGAGCACCACUUCUCUGGUAUGCGUUCGACGCUCUUCGAUGCGACAUACAUCCCUGGUGGAAAGAAGCACAUCGCUGCCUUGAGCAAGAACGGUGUAGCCAAGUACUGGAUCACUGAGUCAUUUGCGCAUCUCAAAGCCAUCGCUGGUCUCAAUGAGGCUGUCGACUUUAUCCAGAAACAAAUUGGUCUGGAGAGCGUCAAGUACGCCGCCGGGUCUGGAGAAGUCAUGCAGAGUUAUGGUGUUGUCACAGCUCAUGGUUCUUCGGAUGAGCACUUGAAGAUCUCCGCCGAAAUCAGCAAGGACAGCAAGGGAUUCGCUGAACAAUUCAUCUGGCAGGUUUCGAGACACAGGAACUGGCAGAGAGAGUUGGACGGUUUGGUGGAUGAAGUGGCUGCUUAA